AUGGCGCUACCUGCUGCACUUGUUCUACUUGGGUUUGCCUUCCCUGCUGACUUGAGGGGUCGGGGGCCCCCCCCUCCUCCGGGGCCCCCGGGGGCCCCCAUGAAUCCUCGCCAACCCGCAGCGUCUGCUGGGGGCCCCCUCAAGGCCCCUUACGAGGAGAGUUCUCACUGGGUGAUGAGCAGCAAGUCUUCUGUAGGUUCAGAUGUUUUUGUUACAGCGAAGUAUGCUUUUUUGGUGGGGUUGUUGCUUAUAGAUAUACCGGGUGUGGGGUUUAGGCUGGCUGCGCUGCUACAAGGGGGCCCCCUGCAGGGGGGCCCCCUUAUGUGUCCUUUGCUGUUGAAAAAUUUCGUGUGGCUGGCCCUCAGGCCCCUGCGCAUGCAUCAGUGCGUCUUAGCUGAGAAAGAAGAGGCCCAAUGGCUCCAGAGAGAGGUCCUUACUGUAACAGCAGACGUGCUGCUUCAGCCUGCUGCAGCAGCAGAUGCUGCUGCUGCUGCUAUUGCUGCUACAGCAGGGCCCCCAGCGCUUGUCACGAGCCCUAAUGGCUUCGCCGCAACUGCUGCUUCUCCAGGAAAGCCACACGAAGGUGCAGCAGCAGCAGCACCAGCUGCUGCUGCUGCUGCUGCAGGUCGGAGGCGCCCCACCAGAAGGAGAGCGGGGGCGUCAGUAGCAGCACUUCAACAAGAAAGGGGACAGCAAAGGGAAGCCGGCUUCACUCCAGCAGCAGCAGGAGCAAAGUCGGUUGCUGCUGCUGCUGCUGCUGCUGUCAAGGAGAGACAGCAGGCUUUGCUGCUACACCUGCUAGGGCUGUCUCCUGCUGAGUACCCCACAAGCCUUGAGCUGUCUCUCUGCUCCGCGGCUGCAGAAGCAACGGAUGUAUUGACCCUGGGGCCCUCCUCGCCUGGAACUGGAGACGCCUCUCAUGCAGCAGCAGUAGCAGCAGCAGCAGCAGCAGCAGCAGCAGCAGCAGCAGAGGCAAAAGGGGGGCGCUCGGCUUCAACCCUCUCGGACGCGCAGCAGCAGCGAACACACAGGAGGCCCUUGGAGGCCCUCCUGACAUACAAACCCCGACGCUUCCUGCGGCUGCUGGGGAAGCAGCAGGAGGAGGCUCAAGGCGCUGCCCCAGCUGCUGCAGCAGCGGCAGCAGCAGCAACAGCAGCAGCAGCAGCAACAGCAGCAGCAGCAACAGCAGCAACAGCAGCAGCAGCAGCGAAAGGUGCAGGAGCAGCGUCAAAGAAGCAACUGAGGCCCGUGGUAGCCAAAGCCCUCACCACUGAUAGGGUCCGGAGAUCUCAUAGAGAAAGUCUUUGCCCCGAAGGCUUGCGAAGUUGUUUUUCUGUUGCUCUUGAUUCUGCUGCUGCAGCAACAGUCUCCAACGGUUCCACAGGAGCAGCAGCAGCAGCAGCAGCAGAGAAGGCAGCUGCAGCAACAGCAGCUAAACCGACACCUGAAGCAGCUGCAGCAGAUCAUCAAACGUACAAACAGCUAGGCAGGAGGCUUGGGGGCCGCUUCUCCUCUCUGCGGGCUCUUUCGGGGCGCCGCCGCUCCACCAUGCCCUCUCUGAUGCAGCAAAACGAACAGCAGCAGCAGCAGCAGCAGCAGCAACAGCUGCCGUCGCCGCAGCAGCCACAUGCGGGGCAGCUGCAGUUUGCUGCACCACUGCCUGCACGAGCUGUGCGGCUGGAGUCCUACCCAGGGAUAAGAACCCCCCGCGAUGAAGAUAUAGGGUCAAUGACGCAAGCAGAGUCUCCUGCGCUGUCUCUGCUGCAGCUGCUGCCCUUAGAUCCGUGCAGCACACUCUCCCCUCAGCACAUAGGGGGCCCCCCUGGGCCCCAACUGCACUCGCUGCAGGCGCCCCGCUUCAAACCCCAACAAAUGAGAGGAGACGAGGCCCCUACUCCGGGUAAUGCCGGGAGGAGACUGCGCCGGGGGGCCCCCCUUGGUGUUGCUAGACCCGUAGAGGGGCCCCUGCUGCGGCGGCCCAGUGAGGGCCCCACACCUGGGGGCGUACCCAGGGGCCCCCGUCACUCUGUCUCCCUAGCGCAGGCCUUCCUCAACCUGCAAGCACAAGACAGUCAGGACUGGGGAGACAGCGAAGCUUUAGAAGCAGCAGCAACCGCAACAGCAGCAACAGCAGCACAAUGCCGCUCUUGCAGCACCCCAGGCUCUGCUGCCUGCACGCAGCACCUUACCGACAUAGACGACUCGCGAGCAGCAUCAGCAGCAUCAGCAGCUGCUGCUGAUGCUGCUGCUGCUGCUGCUGCUGAAACACAGAAUGAGGCCAGACAACGGGACAGGGAAGGUGCGGACUCCCCGGCUUACGGCUGCUGCUGCUGGUUAAGGCGCCUGGGCACGAGAAGGCGCAAGGCGUCACAGCAGCAGCAGCAGCAGCAGCAGCAGCAGCAGCACCGGCAGCAGCGGCGAACCCGUGAGCUAGUGCUGCAGCACAUGCAGCAGAACCUCGCAAAGGGGCAUCCGCCCUUGCACCCUCCCCCGCAGCUUUUGGAGUCUCUGCGGAGGAGACAAGAGCAGCUGCUGUUGCCGCGGCCGCCUCUAAAAGGUGUUGGUAUAGGUUUGCUGCUGCACCGGCUGCUAUUGAUGCUGCUGCGCCCUAGGGGAAGAGGCUUUGCUGCUGUCAUCGAUGAUGGGGUGUACAUCAAACGCAAACAGCAGCUUCUGCUAGCUGCCCUUGCUGCUGCUCCCCAUGUGGCGAAGCUGCUGCUGACCCUCCGGCCAUUCCUAGGCCUGCUGCCUCUGCUGCAGCAGCAGCAGCAGCAGCAAGGAGCGGAACAGUUGGCAGAUGGGGCCGGAGGACGCCGCAGCAGCAUAGAGAUGGUGGGGGGAGAAGGCAGUCUCUUGCUGCUUAUUCUGCUGUCUCUGCAGGUAAUGCUGCAAGGGGUCUUGUAUCUGUGCAUGUCAGUACCCCUGCUUGAUGUUUUGUUUGUCGCACUUGGUGGCUGUCUCCGUCUGGCUUCUCUGCAUGCACUGCUGCUAACUGUUGAGUCUGUUGGCAGGGCAGAAGGCCCUCAGCAGGCAAUCGAGAAGCUGAGGGGGCCCCCGCAAGGGGCCCCCAUAGGGUCCCUCUCAGCAGCAGCAGCAGCAGUCAACCCCAAUCAGCAUGAGCCAAUCGCACCGCUGUGUGCGGCUGCUGCAGCUGCGGAAGUGUGA